AUGGAGCAUUCCGUCAGCCUUAUGUCUCCUAGCUCCAUGCCCCUGCUACUUCAGCGGCCCAAAUCUAACAUCGUUGCCUAUCCUCUCUACCUUCCUCCUGCUGCCCUCGCCUGGGCCCCCGCCUCCCUCAACCCUACAACUUCCCUUCCUUGCAUGGGCAAGGUGCGCCAGCGCAAGCUCAGCGUCGACGUGGCGCGUAAGAUCUUCAAAGACAGGGUGUCGGAUGCAAGCAGCAAGUUCGCGGAGAGCCAGGUCGUAGGCAAGUGCUACGGCGUGAGCUCCAAGACCGUCCGGGACAUAUGGGACAGGAGGUCGUGGGCCAAGCAUACCAGGGACAUGGCGGGGAGUCACGAGACGCAGCCCGAGGACCAGGCGCAGGCGUCGACUGUCAGCAGAAAGGACGACAACGGAGAGGCCGCACAGCAGACGCUGGCAGGCGGGAGACUGGCCGAGGUCUCGGAGACAGGAGAGAACGAGCAGGCCCAGCGGCGCUGCGAGGCAGCGAUGACUUUGUCUGAGUCGCCUCUCGGGACAUCAGAGACGGGGAGCUGCCUGCUGGAGACGAGCAGGAAGAGAGCAGCAUCGUUGAGCUGGGACGAAGAUAUCUGGAGCAUGAUGUCACCAGAGUGUGAUGCUCAAGACUUGACGGAGGAGACCGAGAUGCUUCCGGGACAGCCGGACAGGUUGUGCAUGGCCGAAGUGUACAUACCGGAGGAUGUGAGCGAGUGGUGCGUGGAGCCGAUGGCGAGAUGA